AUGUCGCUCGUUCGGCUCCGGUACAGAAAGACAAAGGGCGGGUUUUAUGGCGACAACCACGAGCUAGGCAUUUCAGACAGCAGUGAAAGAUUAUGUACAAGACUCCUCGAGACAACCCAUAUGCCACCUAGUGACACAAUCUUCGAAGAUGAUUUGUUCAAAGAGGCCUGCCAGAGGCUGAGCGGCAAAAAUGAGGCCAGAGUUACGCAGGAUAUAGCCCGACUUCUGGUGUCAUCCGCAGAGACGCUUGCUUUACGGGGUAUGAAACAAUUCAAUGUCCUAGUCGAAAGUAUCCGUAAACUGCAACCUGGAAUUGCGGAGGUCAUGCAUUUCUCUUACUUCGUGGGUAUCUACUACAUGCAGUUUCCCUUCCUGACAAACGAGGUGAAAUGCGGUGCGUCCGGACUUGCGAUCGCCGAUCGCCAAAACGCCCAUAGUAUGACAUUGGCAGUGCGGGGCAUUGUCGAGCUCUUCAAGCUGGCAAGGAAAGAGCGCGAACUCCUGACUUUCUCAAUAUCGCAUGACGAUGAUGGCAUCCGCAUUCACGGCUAUUAUCCCCUCUACAAACACGGGCUGUCUUUGCUAGGGAAGAUACGAGAAGUAAUUGACGCCUUACCGGAUGAUUUCGAUCUUGAAAAGAAAGCAGAUCACACAGAGAAAGAGAAGGCUACAGAACCCUCUAGACUCUCACACCGUCUCGACGACCAUGUUCCAGCAUCGGAACAAGCCGAGGCUGGCGUCGAGCCAAUUACUCCCGAAGCAUCGACCCAGACUGCCGCUAAGAAGAAGCCAAAGAAAGGAUGA